AACAGUUGUGCGCACCUAUGGAAAUCUAUGGUCCAUCCACUAUCCUAUUGUUGCUGGUCUUUCUGUUCUCAUUAUUGGAUUCGGCUCUUCAGUUCAGUUUGUCAAAGUUAAAACGUGUGGUCCUGGAGAUUCGCUCUGUUACCGACAACACAAGCAAUGGAGAACAAGCAGCUGCACAAUAAUGGCGCCGAACCAAUUCCCGCGCCGAACCAGAAACUUUCCGUCCUUAACUGUAUCGAUCUCUCCAGUCCUGAUAUUGAACAAACCGUUUCUUUACUCAAACAGGCUUGUUUGGAUAGUGGAUUCUUUUACGUUGUAAAUCACGGAAUAAGCCAAGAAUUUAUGGAUAAGGUUUUCUCGGAGAGUAAGAAGUUUUUCGAAUUGCCAGUACGCGAAAAAAUGAAAGUUAUAAGGAACGAGAAGCAUCGAGGCUAUACUCCUGUUCUCGACGAAAUUCUAGAUCCUGAUAACCAAGUACAUGUAGGAGAUUACAAGGAGGGAUAUUACAUUGGAAUUGAAUUGCCCGAAGAUGAUCCUGAAUCAGAGAAGCCAUUUUAUGGACCUAAUGUUUGGCCAGCAGAUGAUCUCAUUCCUGGUUGGAGGCAAACAAUGGAGAAGUUUCAUCAGGAGGCUUUGCAGGUAGCAAGAGCAGUUGCAAGGCUCAUAGCACUUGCGCUUGAUCUGGAAGCUGAUUUUUUUGAUAAGCCAGAAAUGCUUGGCCAGCCUAUUGCAAUCGUGCGCUUGCUGCGAUACGAAGCUCAGAUUUCUGAUCCCUCAAAGGGAAUAUUUGGUGCUGGAGCUCAUUCUGACUAUGGUUUGAUUACCCUUUUAGCCACAGAUGAUGUCCUUGGCCUCCAAAUAUGCAAGGAUAAGGAUGACGAACCUCAAGUUUGGGAAUAUGUAGCACCAUUAAAAGGAGCAUUCAUAGUGAAUCUUGGUGACAUGCUGGAGCGUUGGAGUAACUGUGUUUUCAGGUCUACACUGCACAGAGUCGUAGGGAAUGGUCAAGAGAGAUAUUCAAUAGCAUUUUUUGUCGAACCUAGUCACGACUGUCUAGUCGAAUGCUUGCCUACCUGCAAGUCAGAAAAAAAUCCUCCCAAGUUUCCUCCGAUCAAAUGCGAGACUUACCUGAGUCAACGCUACAAGGAUACCCAUGCUGAUUUGAAUGUAUAUAACAAAUCUCAAAUUUAAGCGUGUCAAAGAAUUAAGUCGAGGACCUCAUAAAUUAUAGAGGUUACAUUACCACUUAAAUGUUGUAAUUGUACUCGAUAUUAAUUAAUAGUAUACGAACUCAGUUCCCUUAGAUGUACUUAUAUUAGUAAUUAUUGAUAGAUUUAUGGUUACUUUUCUCGAAUUCUAGCCAAGGCCACCGCAUUAAAGCACAUGGAAUUUCUCAAACAGCAACAUAGAUAUGGAGAACAGAAUCACCUUUUGAACGCAGCAGCUCAACCUGUCUCAAACAUGAAACGACACCAACUGUUUGCAUGCCCACACCCGCUACAAAACGCAGGUACUGACUCAGACCUAUAGUUGAUGGUUUUGGACUGCCAUUACCAUUAAAUUAUAUUAUAUGGAACUUAAAAGAGACUGUGAAUUAUGUGAAAUUUAUUAGUUUCAUAGAUUUAAGAA